AUGUCCCAUCAAGAUGACAGUAGCGGGAGGGUAUCGCCUCUCUCGGUGGUGGGCAUCGUGAAGCGCUUGAGCUCCCGGUUUCGGUCUUCAAGUCCUACGCUAGAGGAGAGGUCCACUCAUUACACAACACCAGAAGAUACAGCCCAGUAUGUGUCUGAUCCUCUAACAAUAGACCCCCAAAAUGCGCCUCAAACAUAUCGUCAGCCGCCGCGAUCCUAUCCCGAGACAGAAUGGGAAACUAUGAAGAAAGUCAUCAAGUACUACUACCUAGAUGUAGAUUUGCGACUGGAAGAUGUGGUCGAGGUUCUAUCCAGGGAGAAUGACUUCCACACCAAUGUCCGGAUGUGCAAGACUCGCCUGAAGAGAUGGGGUUUUGCCAAGAACAACAGCAAAAACCGAAAAACCAGCUUCCGUCACGAUAUCAAGCCGGCGAAGUCCCAAAACCUGCUGAAGCGUGCUGCCGUUCGUCUCCGUAAGCGAAAGUCGGAAGAAGGCCAUACUAUGGAAUGUACCCCCAUGGAAACUGAUGCCGAGAUCAUUUACGAUGAGAGCCACCAAGAAGAGCCCACGGACGAAGAAUUCCAUGACGACGAAACUCAAUCCAUAUUCCCCAUCUGUGAUCCAUCUCCCUCGGCUGAGACGAGUAGCGAACAUACGCACCAAGCUUCGGGAUCCGAUACUGAGGUUGACUCGAUUAACCAAGACGUCAUCAUGCUUGGGGCGGAUAAAAUGCUAUUCCAUGAGCUCGUGCCAAGCGAAGCUCCCGAGUUAGUCAUUUCUCGUGAUGCAGUAGACAACAUCUACGAAGAAGUUUGCCCUUAUCGUUACGGGGACAAGAAAUUCCGUCUGAUUGAGGAAUUUGAAUCAGGAGAGCAGUACUACACGGAUUCCCUCGGAUUUGGCAUGCACAUCAAGGAAUCCGCGUUGAGGUUCUGCUCGGCAAACUGUCCAUGCAAAGGCGCCCAUUUCCCUGCUGAUUUCUCGUUCCUCGUAACAGCAUCCAAGAAUAAUGUCCAAGUCAGAUUCUUGAGCGACGCGCUCUGGUCUGAGAUUAUUUCCGUUCUGCCUUGGCACGAGAGGCCAAAAUGCGAGUACAGAGACAUUGAUGCACGAACGCUCUUCCACGACAGGGAGGCCCUAAAGAAGCAGUUGGAGAAGGUAUAUUCGGCUGCUCUUGGAAGUUCCGAAUCGCAAGAGGCAAUGUCGUUGUCUCUAGAGAUGGAGCUUCUGGUUUACGGACUUCUCAACGAACACAUGUUCAAAGUGAAUGGAAAUGACCUCAGAGUGCCUAUCUUCAGGUUUGGCGACUUCACACCUUGGGACAACAGCCGACCGCCACGAACAUGGCACGAAACCCCUAAUAAGCUCGAGACCCAGAUCGAUCGGUUGGACGAAGCCUUCCGGGAUACCAGUCAGAUUUACGAAAUGUAUGCGGGCGAUAUGGGCUCAGGUAUGAGAUAUGAGUUGGAUAGUACCCCUUUUUGCGCCGAGCUUCACGGUGCGGGUCUCACAACAGAUCGAGACGCUGUUUCCAAAUCUUGCAAAGAAAGCGACGAAUUCAUUUACUACAAAAGGACGGUAAUAAGCUCCGAAGCUUUCGAACUAGACUCACGCCAACUUAAAACGCGAGAAGAAUUCACGAUAUCCAAGGCUAAGAAUGUGGAGCGAAAGGCUUUCACUGUGAAGGACUCACGAGUGAGCCCGGUUAUGACGAAGAAACUGGAGGAAGGGACUUUCAGCGUCAACGACUGGAUCAUGAAUGCUGCUAUGGGCGGAGAUAUCAGUCUCGUGCAAGCUCUUCUCGAUCUUGGAACUGACACUGACGUGUUUGAAAUCGACUGUUCGAAAUCACCUCUAUGCAUUGCCGCAGAGUUUGGCGACAUUAGAGUUGCGCGAGCCCUUAUCAGCCGAGGUGCAGAUGUCAACAAGAAGGACCAGCAAGACAGAGCGCCUAUAUAUCUCGCGGCAGCCAAUGGUCACAAGGAAGUUGUUCUUCUUCUUUUCGAACAUGGCGCAAACCUUAACACCCGUGGCGAACUUGGCUCCCUGCUCAAUGCCUCGUCGAUCAAUGGACAUCAUGAGAUUCUUCGUGUUCUACUCAACCGACACUACGGGCUUGCCAAGCGCGCCGAGUCAUCUAGCUCGCAGUCUCUUUUCAGAGACGAGCGCAGAGAGAUGGAAGAAGCCUUGGUACAAGCGGCGACAAGCGGUAGCCCGGCGACUAUGCAAGUUCUUCUCGACCAUGGGGCAAAGGCAGACCGGCUACUUUCGACACCAGGCUCGAAACUUCUACCUGCUUUGAUAGGAUCUGCAGCCUCUGGUAACUACGAAGUGGUAAAUAUACUUUUACAAACAAAGGUGGAUGUAAGUGGCGUUGAUCACCGAGGCACUGCUCUCAGUGCCGCCGUGAGCAACGGCCACGACGCCAUCGCCCGUUUGUUGCUCACCCACGCCGGUGGACAGGUUUUGGCCGCCAUUCGUCAUUUGAGAGCUUGCGGCAAGCGUAUCCAUAUAGCCCGGUUGAUCAAAAUCGUAUCUCAGAUACAAAGAGACCAACGUGACGGCCGAGAUCUUUCGCCAAGAGGGAUGGUGUGCACGACCACCAUACAAUCCUUGUGGAAACGCUUUCUUCGCCAACACUCAAUUAUGCUCACGGCUGCCUCCAAGUCAUCGACAAAAUUCAAGGAACUUUCAUCUAGGCUCUCGGACUAUCGGGACGGCUGGACGGCUGGGAUCAAUGCCAUGCGGAGAUUAUGCCGCGGAGAGAUCCCAGUGAGUAUCCACGACACCAUCCCGUUCCUGUCUCUCGCACGAGCAAUGGUUGAAGCACUCGACGGAUUUCAUCACAGCGACUACAUGGUGGACUUCAAUUCUGACCUGAAAAGAUGGCAAAUGCUUUUCACGUCAGAGGAUAAGGCGACAGAGCUUGAAGCAUAUCGGGACGCCGUUUGGUCAAUGUGGGGAGUUCAAGUCACGUUUGAUUCUACCGAAAAUUUGGACACUGACGAUACGGUUCUGCAACGCUUUCACGACCUCGCAGCUACACUGGCCACUAAAGCGGAUGCGUUUCUUGGAGGCGGGCCCUUAAGUAACGCAGAUGUCAUCAUGAAUGAACCGGCUAGGCUGUUCGAAGCGACCCCUUACCAUGGCGAAACCACAGAGCACAGCGACGACAGAUACCAACAUCGUGAGAAAGACAGAAUACCUAAGCUUCAACAGCCGACACCGCCAGAGCAGCCCGGGGAGCCACCGAGUCGAACCCUGGCGGAGGAGAUUAAGAAAGACCCAACCAUCCUCGAGCCUCUGGCAACGCUCCUAAUUGCGGGCGCAAUUUUCGCCAUAAUAAUAAUAUUCAUUCAAGUGAUGGCAAAGCUGGCACAGCUUUCCGUAUCGCUACGUGUAGCAUUUCCAAGCGUCAAAACAUUAACACAACGGUACCACAUUCUCGAAAGCGAGUUGGUAAAGGGUAAUAGUUUGGUACAUAUCGAGGGUAUACAGGGGAGUACCUACUGCAUCAUUUGA